UCAUGAGGGCACAGAGCCAUUCUUAACAAUGUAUUGUUUUGAGUCAAAAUAAUAUAUUAUAUGAAUUCCUUUAUAAAUAAUGGAUUAUGUAUGAUGCCAAACCGAUCAAACGGGUCCGGACGCGUUCCCGUUUACUUUUGGGUUGACCAGUCAGUCAACUGGCCGAACUUAAUUCAUGCCUAGAUAACAUUAAUCUAUUACAUACACCCUCUCUCCUCUCUUGAUGAUCAAAGGAUGGCUCUGUACCUCUUCUUCCUCCAUCUAACUAUUUUGCUGGCUGUCAGAGAGUUUGCUGCUCUGUGCUACCCACUACCACUAGCAGAUGACAUCAUCGCCGUCAACUGCGGCUCCUCUGGCAACUCAACUGCUCUAGAUGGCCGGCAAUGGACCGGCGACGUUGCUUCCAGAUACAUCAUUUUGCAAGGAUCCAGGGGCAGACGCAAUUUGGUAAGCUCCUCUCCCGUUGGGAAGCACCUAAUUCCUCCUCCUCAUCCUGUCCCCUACAUGACCGCUCAGAUUUCUCGGUCCACAUUUACCUACACUUUCCAUGUCACUCCGGGCCAAAAAUUCAUCCGCCUACAUUUCUACCCAACUGAAUACCCUGGCUUCGAGAGGUCCAAGGCCUUUUUUACUGUAAAAGGUGGUCCCUAUACCCUCCUCAGCAACUUCAGCGCUGCCCUUACCGCUGAUGUUUUGGCCUUACCAUCAUUUGCUAAAGAAUUUUGCGUCCAUGUGGAAGAUAAUCAACCAUUAAUCCUAACAUUUUCUCCAUCUUCAGAGGAAGCAUAUGCUUUUGUCAAUGGGAUUGAGAUUGUCUCGAUCCCAACUGGAUUAUAUCAUUCCCGUGAGGGUGAUGAUCCAGGUGUACACGUUGUUGGCAAGAAAUUUAGAUACCCGAUCUUCUUGGAUACAAGCGUUGCACUUGAGACAGUGCAUCGCUUAAAUGUUGGCGGAAGCUCAAUUUUACCCAUAGAGGAUACUGGCAUGUUCCGAGAGUGGUUUGAGGACAACAAUUAUUUCUUAGAAUCAAGGGCCAUGCCGGUUACUACCACAAUUCGGAUCAACUACGCAGUUAUACCCACAUACUCUGCCCCUACAAGAGUUUACCAAACAUCCUGGUCAAUGACUCGGGACAUGCAAGAAAAGGAGCGUAUCAGUUUUACGUGGAAGCUACCUGUAGAUCAAGGUUUCAGGUACCUGGUUAGGUUCCACUUCUGUGAGCUUGAGUACGAGAUUAAAGAAGUUGGCCAAAUGGAGUUCAGCAUAUUCAUUGAUAGUCAGAUUGCCGAGGCUGAUGCUGACCUUAUCAAAUGGGCUGGUGGAAAUGGCAUUGCAGUGUACAGAGACUACAUGGUGAUGAUGGAAGGAGAUCGGACAGAGGGCAAGCGCGAUAUGACAAUAACUCUAAGCCCUCACAGGAGCCACGAUGACAGGGGGAACAUGGAACACAGUGCUGAUGCAAUUCUAAAGGGGCUGGAGGUGUUCAAGUUGAGCAACCCUGACAACAGCCUUGCCGGGGUGAACAUGGUUCCCAUUGCACAUGCUUUGACAUCUCAUAAUUCAAAGCCUCAGAAGUUAGUGCUUGGUUGUGGCAUUUAUACCAUUGCUAAUAUUCUAAUAAGUUUACUCAUGAUAUUGAAUGUUGUUGUUUAUCCAUUGGCCUAUUUGGGUCAAAAAUCUAGACAAGAAGACACCCUAUCAUCAUUACCUUCGGAAGGGCCAUAUUGCUGCUUCUCACUUGCUCAGCUCCAAUCAGCAACCAGAAACUUUGAUGACGGAUUGGUCAUUGGAAGUGGUGGAUUUGGUAACGUUUAUAAAGGACUCCUUAAUGGAGGAACAACCACAGUUGCCAUUAAGCGGAUGAAACCAAAGUCUAAGCAAGGCCCAAAUGAGUUUUGGAUGGAGAUUGAGACGAUUUCUAAAUUUCGACACAAGCAUCUUGUUAGCCUUCUGGGCUACUGUGACGAAUGUGAUGAGAAGAUCCUGGUGUAUGAGUAUAUGGAGCAGGGUACACUUGCUAAACAUCUAUACAAAAAGAAUACUGAAGAAAAUGGUAACGUUUGUCAUCUGCCGUGGGAGCAAAGGCUCAAGAUUUGCAUUGGUGCUGCCCGUGGAUUGGAUUACCUCCACACUGGUGUUCAAGGUGGUGUCAUACAUAGAGACGUGAAGACCGCGAACAUUUUGUUGAACAAAGACAUGGUGGCUAAGGUUUCAGAUUUUGGAUUAUGUAAAAUGGGCACCACAAGCCAUUCUAUUUCCCAUGUUAGCACAGUUGUUAAAGGCACAUUUGGUUAUUUUGAUCCACAUUAUUUCUCGACCCGCAAUCUAACCAAGAAAUCAGAUGUGUAUGCCUUCGGCGUGGUGCUCUUAGAAGUGCUUUGUGGGAGGCCAGCAGUGGAUUUAAGUCUCGAGGAGGAGCAACACAGUCUAUCCUUUUGGGCUCAAGGCUGCAUCAAAGAUGGAAAACUUGAUGAAAUUAUUGACCCCAUUUUGAGGGAUCAACUACCAAUACUAUCAAAAAGCCUUGAUGUGUUUGCAGAAGUUGCUAGGAAAUGCCUGCACAUGCGUCCAAAUGGACGCCCUACUAUGGCUGAUGUGGUGGUGAGCCUUGAAGGUGCAUUGGCAUACUCAGAAGAUGAUCGGUACAAGGAUUCAUCAACGAUGCAGGAUAACGAGGACGUUGUCAAUGUUGAUGCUGCUGAUGAAGAUAAAGAGAAUGUUCUCAAUCUCGGUGGGGCUGAGGAAAAGAAAAAUGAUGAGAUUAUUCAACUAGAUGAUGAUGCCCUUCUUGCUCAAGUCCCCUACCCAUCCACUCCAGUGCAGUAUACUGAGAACAUACCCCUAAGCAAGAAGAGGGCACAGGGAAAGUUCUCCAAGGUGUUCCACAAGAUCAGUACUGCACUUAUACCCAGAACUGUGGAUUUUGGGUGGAUAAAUAGGGGACAAUUGCUCCACCAAACCACGUUUUGGCACCACACUGCAAGCUGUUGGACUGAUAAAAGAACCAUCUCUGCCGGGAAUAGACAAAGCAUGUCAACAACUUCUGGCAGUGAGCCAUAUCCCGAUGGGCAGGUCUUACGCAUCCCCAAUAUAAGGGCCUUCAGUUUUUCAGAGUUGAGGAAGGCUACCGGAAAUUUCACAUUGGAUCGAUUGUUAGGAGAAGGGGGUUUUGGCAAAGUCUACAAGGGUUGGCUUGCAGAGAAGACGCCAUUACAGAAUGGUAGAAGUUCAGUCAUUGCCGUCAAGGUGGGGAACUCUCACAGCGUUCAAGGUUUUAAUGAAUGGGAGCGUGAGAUCAACAUCCUAAGUCGUCUGUCCCAUCCCAACGUUGUUAAGUUAUUGGGAUAUUGUCGUGAGAGUGAAAGGCUACUUCUUGUCUAUGAGUUCAUGCAGAACGGCAGUUUGGACAAACAUCUUUUUGGAAGGGGGCCUAGUUUUCAGCUACUUCCAUGGGAGACAUGGCUUAAGAUCUUAAGAGGAGCAAUACAAGGGCUGGCAUUUUUGCACUCAUUGGAACCGCAAAUUAUAUUUAGAGAUUUCAAGAGCUCAAAUAUAUUGCUUGAUGCUUCCUACAAUGCCAGGAUCACAGAUUUUGGCUUGGCAAGACUUGGUCGUGCAACUAUUGAAGAAACACAUGUGUCAACACGGAUUAUGGGCACAUAUGGCUAUGUUGCUCCAGAGUAUCUUGCCACAGGGCAACUAUAUGCGGCUAGCGACGUGUAUGCUGUUGGUGUUGUAAUGGCUGAGGUGCUAACAGGCUUGAAAGCAGUUGACCCUCGUCGUGAUCAGAAGAUUCUGACUGACUGGAUCCAACCAUAUUUCGCUGGUAAAAGAAAAUUCAAAAGCAUUAUGGACAGUCACUUGAAAGGGAUGUAUCCUGUCAAAGUUGCAUGGCAAAUCGCUCAGCUUAGUCUAAAAUGUCUUCAACCUGAACCCAAAAGAAGGCCAUCCAUGCAACAAGUGGUGGAGAUACUAGAGAGCAUUGAAAAUCCAAAAGAGCCAAGAUGAAGCCAUGCAUUGCUUUGUUGAUUAUGGGAUUUGAUUGGUUAUAUAUGAUGUGGUCUUUUAAGAGACAGGUUUUUUUAUUUUUGUGGGAGUUUGAUAUAUGCAUAGGCCCUUGUGAGAUUGAAAAAAAAUAUUGAAAUUUUCUCAUAUUUACAUACACACAUACUUAUGGAGGUGUAACACAUAUAAUGCAAGUGCAAAUCCUUACAACUAUUAUUGUA